GAGCGUGCAGGCGCCUUUCGUCCUCAACAUACGACGAUGGCAUCGCAGACUAUGAAUGUCACUAGACGGCGACUCGGUACAGCAGUCUGGAAGGGAUCAGAAUGCAGAGCGGCGAGGAGCUGCGCACGACUGCCGACGGCAUUUGCCCCGCCGGCUCGCUGCUAUUCCAAUGAAACUCCCGCGAAGCCGGCACAAGACACAAAGACGCUCGCCGACAUUCUCGCCGACUCCAUCCGGGCAUCGGGCCCGCUGAGCGUGUCGACAUUUAUGCGCACCUGCCUCUUGGAUCCUGUCCAAGGCUACUACGCCACGGCUAAUACGCCGCCGGGGACAUUCGACGCCCUGACGGAGACGCGCGAUGUCCUGGGCGCGCGUGGCGACUUCAUCACGAGCCCAGAGGUGUCGCAGGUCUUUGGCGAGCUGCUCGCCAUCUUCUUCGUCGCGAGAUGGCAGAACACGGCGAGGGAUGCGCCACUUCGGCUGGUGGAGCUCGGACCGGGCAAGGGGACACUGCUGGCGGAUAUGCUGAGGACCUUUGCGAGAUUUGCGCCCUUUUACAGAUCAAUCAAGGACAUUCAUCUCGUCGAGACCUCGCCCGGCCUCAUGGAGCUGCAGUACAAUGCAAUCGAAAAGGCCCUCGAGGGCACAGGGAAAAGGCUCGUAUCUGCCGACCAGGAAGUGGUGGGCGAGGAUGAGAUCAGGGUCGAGUGGUUCCCCCUCGUGGACAGCGUGCCCAUACGAAGCGACAGCUGGACAAUGGUCGCUGCUCACGAAUUUUUCGAUGCCCUUCCUACGCACAUCUUUGAGCGAAGCAACGAUGGGUUCAAGGAAGUCCUGGUGGACGUCGAACGAGGGGGCCAGUCUGGGAUCACCGUGCUCAAGCCAGGCGAUCUGACAUCCUCUUCCAAGCCGGCAGUAGGCGGCCCUCCCAAGUUCCGGUACGUCACCUCGCCAGGACCAACACCGUGGUCGCUGCUGCUGGCGAUGCGCAACAAGCGCUUCAACUCCCUCCAGCCUGGCCAGCGCGUCGAAAUCAGCCCCGAGGCAUGGGCUGCAGCGAGAAGGAUUGGGGAGCUCGUCUCGGGACGGAAAGCGGCCGAGGUGGCCCCCGAGGUGGAAGAGGAGUCCGCAAAGACGGCUCGCUUGCAGAGAGAGGCCGAGAGGGUGCAAACGCCCAGCCAGGGAGGUGCAGGUCUCAUCAUCGACUAUGGCGACGAAAAGGCAUUCGGGGGCAGCUUCAGAGCAUUCAGAUCCCACAAGAUUGUCGACCCUCUCGAGGACCCAGGCAAGGCGGAUCUGACAGCCAAUGUCGACUUCUGGCACCUCAAAUCAGCCCUCUUCACUACCGACGCGAGACCACUGAGACUCAUGUACCAGGCCCACUUCCUGCAGGCACUUGGUCUUGGUCCCAGGGUCGAGGCACUGGAAAAGGCGGCCGCCAACGACGAGAGGCGGGCAGACAUCAGCUCGGCGGCAAAGCGGCUCGUCGAUCCGACAGGUAUGGGCGCACAGUACAAAGUAUUGGGCGUCAGCUCAGAAGCCAGUUCUGGAGGAUCUGCAGAGGCAGUUGCCAAGGCGAAGGAGCCCGCGGACAAAGUGUAUCCAUUUGAGAUGGACGAGGGGAGUGGUGGUGCUUCGGCUGAAAAGCAGGCGUGAAAUGUAUUUGAUGCAAUUCAACCGUGCGCAAUGAGUAAUCUAGCUUUGUGCGGGAAAUAGGAUGUGUGACCACAGC